AGUAGACAUCUUCAGCUGUUUCAUUUUGCUGUUCCUUCUUUAAAAGUUUUGAUUUUUCAAAAAAUUCGACUUUUGUAGACUUUUAGUGUUCCAAGAAACUCAAAAGAAUAAAAAAUGAUUAAAUUGUGGAUCUUAUUCUUCACAUUUGUGCAUCUUAUAUCUUCAACAUCACCAACAGACAUCAAUUGUUCUUAUGUAUUUUACACAUUUACUGUUGUUGGCUACACUUACCACUGUGACAUCCGAUACGAUCCAAAUAUAAUCUCAGAAGAGACAGCAGUCAUUAAUCAAGCACGCGGAACACAUGAAAGUCAUAAAACUGACGAUGAUGUGACUGGAUUUUAUUCGAGUAGCAAAAAAAUUGAAAUUUUCCCGCGCGAUUUAGAAAAAGUGUUUAAAAAUCUUAAGCUUAUUGUAAUUAACUACGGACGACUUACAAAUAUUCAUCAAGCUGACCUUAAACCUUUCAAAAACCUUGAAAACUUAAACUUAGCUUACAAUGACAUUAAAGUCAUCAAUGAAGGUCUAUUUGACUUCAAUCUUGAUCUUGCUUACAUUUCAUUGUCCAAUAAUAAGAUUUAUCAAAUCCAUCCAGAAGUUUUUACACCUUUAACUAAGCUUAGUUACUUAAGUUUGGAAACAAAUGUGUGCAUCGACAUAAGAGUUGAUAACAGCGUUCGUGAUGUCAUGGAAUUAAUUAAAAAGAUUAAAGUUUCUUGUGUAAACGGAGAAAUAAAAUCGACAGCAGCCACGGAAUUAUCAGACUUGAAAAACUUGACAGCUCAAAUUCUAAGCACAGGUGCUGAUACUAAUGAAAAAAUCGAGAAUCUUCAACAAGCUGUCAAAGCUACAGACAUAAAUCUUCAGUCUUUCAAGUCAGAAGUCUUGGCAGCUUUGCAAAAAAUUCUAGACAAAAUUGAGGAAAAUUCAGUGUGCUUAAAAGCUUCUCAAGACAAAGUUGAUAUAGCUUUAAAUGAUGAAAUGACGAACAUCGAAGCUGGAUUGAGUGCUUUAGAAUCUGAAACUGAAGAGCAGAAGAAAGCUGUUGAUAAUUUAAGUGGCGAUAUUUUUUGAUUAAAUAAAUUUGUAAUUUUUAAUGUCAUGUAGACUUAUUCUGAGCAGAUGCACAUGUGUUGGUCCCAAUGUCAUGUGCAAAUAAAUGUUAA